GGCUUGGGGGAAAGUUGUGGAAGGGGGUGAUAAGGGCCUAUGUCGGGAAGGAGACUGUUCACUGGGUCACAUGAGCCCCUAUCAGGCUGGCAUUUCCUCUCCAUCCUCUUCCUGCCUCUGAUCAGCCCUCCCUGGAGCUGGAAGAAGGACCGAGUCACACCCUGGAAGAAGCUGUGCCUUUGGAGGUUUUUCUGCCUGCCUGUCCCCAUGCCGCUCUUCCUCUUGCUGCUCCUGCUGCCAAGCCCCUCAUGCCCCCAAUCCACCUGUGAGACUUCCAAAGUGGUCAACCUGUUGGAAGUGAACUGUGAUAAUCGGGGGCUGAAGGCGCUGCCUCCAGAUUUGCCAGAAGCCACAGCCAUCCUCCACCUGAGCGAGAACUCCUUUGGCACCUUCUCCACGGUGCCCCUGGUGCCUCUGACUGCCCUUACUCAGCUGCACAUGGAGAACAGCCAGCUGACCAGCCUGCAGGCUGACGGGGUGCUGCCACUGCUGGAGAUCCUGGAAAUACCCCACAAUAAGUUGGCAAGCCUGCCCUUGCUAGGAGGGGCACUGCCAGCACUCACUACCCUGGAUGUCUCCUACAACAAGCUGACCUCUUUGUCUCCUGAUGCCCUGAAUGGCCUGAGCCAACUCCAUGAGCUCCAUCUGCGUGGCAAUAAGCUGAAGACUCUGCCCCAUGGGCUCCUGGCAUCCACACCCCAGCUCAGGAAGCUCGAUCUGGCUGACAACCAGUUGAUGGAGCUUCCCCCUGGGCUCCUGGAUGGGUUGCAGGAGCUUGACACCCUCUUCCUCCAAGGGAACUGGCUGCGCACCAUACCAAAGGGCUUCUUCAGGGAUCUCCUCCUGCCUUUUACUUUUCUCCAUAACAACCCCUGGUACUGUGACUGUGGCAUCCUUUAUUUCCAUCUCUGGCUGAAAGACAAUGAAAACAAUGUCUACUUAUGGAUGGAGGGUGUAGAUGUCAAGGCCAUGACCCCCAAUGUGAAUAGUGUGCGAUGUGUCAAUGGGGCCAAGACACCCAUCAUUGAUUUCUCAAAGGAGGGCUGUCCCCCUCUGAAUGGUGGUGAUUACACAGAUGACUAUGAUGAUAGCUCUGAAGUUGGGAGUAAUUCAGUGCCUACAAGGGCUGUCAUCACCAACACCAAAGGCAACACAACCCACUGGGGCCUGCUCUACUCAGAAUCUGCUACUUUUCUACACAGUCAAAUGCUCCACUUGCCUCCAACCGAAGAAUCCACUAAGAAACAGACGACAUUCCCAACCACCAGAGAACCCAUCACAUUCUUCAAAACUCCAAAACCCACUACUGAACCCACCACAACCCCAACCACCCCAGAACUCACAACCCCACCCACCUCAGAACCCAUCACAACCCUGUCCACUCCAGAACCCACAACCCCAACCACCCCAGAACCCACAGCCCCACCCAGCACAACCCCGACCACCCCAGAACCCACCACAACCCCGACCACCCCAGAACUCACAACCCCACCCACCUCAGAACCCAUCACAACCCUGUCCACUCCAGAACCCACAACCCCAACCACCCCAGAACCCACAGCCCCACCCAGCACAACCCCGACCACCCCAGAACCCACCACAACCCCACCCAGCACAACCCCGACCACCCCAGAACCCACCACAACCCCACCCAACACAACUCCGACCACCCCAGAACCCACAACCCCAUCCACCACAACCUUGACCUACCCAGAACCCACCACAAUCCAGACCAUCUCAGAACCAACGAUACUUUCAACCACCACAGAAUCCACCUCACUCCCUACAUUAGAAUCUACAAUUAUCUCUGAAUUCAUUGACCCCGCAAAGGUCCGUGAGGUGGCUCAAGGGAAUGUGGCCAGCUCCAGAAAUGACCCUUUUCUCAACCCUGACUUUUGCUGUCUCCUCCCCCUGGGCUUCUACAUCUUGGGUUUCCUCUGGCUCCUGUUUGCCUCUGUUGUCCUCAUCCUGCUGCUGACCUGGGUCCGGCACAUGAAACCACAGGCCCUGGACUUUGGCCAGUCUGUUGCCCUGGCCACAGCCAAGCACACCACAUGUGUGGAGCUGCAGAGGGGAAGGCAAGUGGCUGUGCCCCAGGCCUGGCUGCUUUUCCUUCGAGGGACACUCCCAACUUUCCGCUCCAGCCUCUUCCUGUGGGUCCGGCCUAAUGGCCGUGUGGGACCUCUGGUGACAGGACGGUGGCUCUCAGCCCUGAGUCUGGGUCGCGGGCAGGACCUGCUGGGCACAGUGAGCGUUAGGUACUCUGGCCACAGCCUCUGAGGGUGAGUGAUUUGGGGACUUUAGGGGUUCUGAUGAGCUUUCUUAUGAGGAUAUGGCUGGGGCAGGGUGGGAGUAAAAAGCACAGGGUUGGGGGAAGUCUUAAUCACUCUUCCUUUCUCAGAAGUCUCCUCUUUACACGACAGAAACACCUCAGACCCAGCAAACCAGUAGGGGUAGUGAGAUGAGCUGGGUGGGUCAUUGAAAACGGUUCCCAGUGCUCCAUCAAAUGGGGAUGGGGGUGUUUCGCAGACUACUAGGUUAUUACCACUUUGGGGAAGUUUUAGAAAAAAGCAAAUAAAAACAAGCAUACAGCAAGGACUCCACUAUUAUCUGUGUAUUAAAAAUUUGAAGGAACUUACCAAGAUGUGAGCCCUAAUUGUCUCUGGGUGGUAUAAAUAUGGUUUUCCUUUCCUCCGCUUGGCAUUCUCUAGUUUUCUACCAUCAUGUUAUUUGCAUAAUAAAAACUAAUUUCAA